AUGUCAGCAGCAAGUGGACCCACUAACUUUGCUGAUGAUGGCAAAGAUGUCAUUGAAAGACAAAUACAAGUCAAGAGCGAAAAGCAUCAAGACAUUGAAGACCUAUAUGAAAUCGAUCGCACGGUAGCUCGUAUCAAGGAAGGCAACUACAGGCGCAUUGCACUCCAAUUUCCAGACGAAUAUCUAGCAGAUGCAGCCAAUGUAGCUAAACAACUGGUGGAAAAGACAGGACAGGACAUCUUCAUCCUGGCAGAUACAUCGUAUGGUAGUUGCUGUGUGGAUGAAGUGGCUGCUGAACAUGUCAGCGCUGAUCUGAUUGUACAUUAUGGUCGAUCUUGCUUGAGUCCAAGCACCUCCCGCUCCCCUGUCUUGUACGUAUUUGGUCAGCAAUCCAUCGACAUGGAGCACUGUCAACAGGAGUUUUCGACCUUAUUUCCCGAUUUAUCUCAACCUGUUAUCAUCAUGUGCGACGUGGAAUACUCUUAUGCUGCAGAGCGUUUGACAGCUGAAUUAGCAAAGACCUAUCAGCACAUUAUUCCCACUGUGAUUCAGACAGAAUCCAAAUUACAGCACACGUUGCACCAUACACCAUCCCGAAACAGUGGUGGUUGCGGCAAACACGAAGAGCGAAAGAAGAAUGGAGAAGCUUGUUGUGGAAAAUGCGAUCGUGAUUUAGAAGAUGCAUACAACGACGACGAUGAGUCUCCUAUUCUUGCACCAGCCACGCAUACAGACGUGGAAGAACUCAAGGCAGAGAAGAAGAAGGGUGGCCGCUACUUUGAGUUACCCAAAGGCAUCGAUAUCGAAUCAUGCGCCAUCUUCUUUGUUGGAGGAGAGAGUCUGACGUUGACUAACAUUAUGAUGGUGCACAACAAAUGUCCCGUCUACACAUACAACCCCAAGACCAGAGAAGCAAGACAAGAGUCAGUGCAAGUCAACAAGAUGUUGAUGAAGCGGUAUUUCCUUGUGCAAAAGGCCAAGGAUGCAGACACCAUUGGUAUCGUUGUGGGUACAUUGGGCGUUGCAUCUUAUUUGAACAUUAUUGAUCAUCUCAAGAAGGUCAUCAAGGCAGCUGGCAGAAAAUCCUACCUUUUUGUCAUGGGCAAGCUGAAUGUAGCUAAAAUGGCUAAUUUCAUGGAAGUGGAUUGCUAUGUAUUAGUGUCCUGUCCUGAAAAUAGUUUGAUUGAUUCCAAGGAGUUUUACCGCCCAAUUGUCACCCCAUUCGAGCUAGAAAUUGCACUUAUCAGGGAUAUGGAAUGGACUGGAAAUUAUAUUACUGAUUUCUCAAAGCUUUUACCUCAAUUGCGUUCAGAUGACUUUAGUUAUGAUGAGGAACAAGAUCAAGAUGCUUCCAGUGAUGAAGAGCCCCAUUUCUCCUUAAUUACCGGCCAAUACAAAUCAGGUCCAUUUCAUAGAGCCAACAGUGGUGGACCAGCUCAAGGUGAUUCUGGCGAAGUCUUGACAAGCACAUUGACAGAUUUGACAUUAAGAAGCAAGGAAACGAGCAUAUCCAUGCUUUUAAAUAGUACUGCAGGAGAGUACCUUAAAAAUAGAACGUAUAGAGGCUUAGAAGCUAACGUGGGUCAAGAUGAAGCAGCCGACGUGCAAGAAGGCUUAUCGGGCAUUGCUAGAGGAUACGUCUAUGAAAAGGACAAUGAUGCAUCGUCGGAAAAGGAAGAGUAG